AUGUUUGGAUCUUCGCCCAAGGAAGGCGAAACCCUUGCAGAGCGCAAAGAUGUCAGUCCCUCGGGCAAGAGAAGAAGCAGUGGGUUUGCUGGCGCAAGAAAUGUCUUCUCAAAUGCCAAGCAGUCUUUGAAGGACCAGUUCCAUAGCUCUUCUCCCGAAGCGCGCGAGAAACCGCAGACUCCCUUCCAGAAACUCGGUAGAACCGAUCCUGCCUUGAGCGUUCCCCAGGGCGCCCUCAACAACUCGGCAGGAGAAUCCGAGCCCGGCCCACGAUCCACCUUCAGGGUUGGUGUCACUGAAGAUAAGAACAAAAAGUGCCGAAGAACCAUGGAAGACACACACGCCUAUCUCUACAACUUCCUCUGCACUCCCGCUCCCGCUCUUGGCUCGGAAACAGCUCAGAAGAGUAUAGCUUCCACCAACUCUUCCAACUCUCAGGAUGUUGUCGAGACCGACAAUGGCUACUUUGCUAUCUUUGAUGGACACGCUGGUAACUUUGCCGCCGACUGGUGCGGUAAGAAGAUUCACUGCCUCCUUGAGGAGAUCAUCCGCAAGCAUCCGAAUACUCCUAUUCCCGAACUUCUUGACAUGACCUUCACCACUGCCGACCAGCAGCUGGAGAAGCUACCUCUGAAGAACAGCGGUUGCACCGCAAUCACUGCUGUGCUUCGUUGGGAAGAUAGAAUACCCAACUCUCAGUCUGCCACUGGCUCCACUGCGAUCGCCCCUGCUACCGCUGCCGCUAUCAAGGGCAACCCGGAUUCAACGCCGAUCAGCGCUGAUUCGACACAAUCACCUGCAGCAAAGCUUCGUGAGGCAGCUUCGCGCCAACGCGUUCUCUACACUGCCAACGUUGGAGAUGCCCGCAUCGUUCUUUGCAGAAACGGCAAGGCUCUUCGUCUCUCUUACGAUCACAAGGGUAGCGACGAGAACGAAGGCAAGAGAAUUUCUGGUGCUGGAGGCCUCAUUCUGAACAACCGCGUGAACGGUGUUCUGGCCGUUACUCGUGCUCUGGGUGACGCGUACAUGAAAGACCUAAUUACUGGUCAUCCCUACACCACCGAGACGGUCAUUCAACCCGAUAUCGACGAGUUCCUGAUCCUGGCUUGUGAUGGCUUGUGGGAUGUUUGCUCAGAUCAAGAGGCAGUAGAUCUCGUCCGCAACAUAAAGGACCCUCAAGCUGCGUCUAAGGCCCUUGUCGAAUACGCACUGAACCGCUUCUCAACGGACAAUCUGACCAUCAUGAUCGUCCGCUUCGACAACCAGGCGUUGCAGCAGACAGUAGAACGCAAGGUGGAACCCAUCGGUGUCGAUGGCGAUCCGGCCGCGCAGAAAGGAGGUGUGAGCGAAGCCGAUGCCAUCAUCGCCGAGCAACGCCAGAAGCUGGAAGAGAGCGGCGAGCUUCUCGACCGCGUGCCUAGCGAUAUCAACGAAGAGGAAGAGAAAGUGGGCCCAGCACCAGAGCUCAACAUCGAAGCAGUCGAAGCCGCACGCAAGGACCGCAAGCCCCAGUCGUCCACCGACGAAGUCUCCCGCGCAUAA